AUGAGUGCGGUGCCUCUUUGGGGGCUUCCACGCAUUCCACCUUGUUCUUUCUUUUCUUUUCUUGAUCUCAACCUGUUGCCUACAACUGUGGGAACCAUGCCCUCGAACGCCCAGAAUGUGGGCAUCAAGGCCCUGGAAAUUUAUUUCCCUAGCCGGUACGUGUCACAAAGCGAGCUCGAGACCUAUAUGGGGGCCAGUGUUGGGAAAUUCACGGUUGGCCUAGGUCAGCAGAAGAUGAGCUUCUGUGAUGACCGCGAAGAUAUCUACUCCAUGGCGCUCACAGCGGUCUCAUUCCUGCUUGCAAAGUACCAAAUUGACCCAAAGACCAUUGGCCGCUUGGAAGUGGGAACGGAAACGUUGCUUGACAAAUCCAAGUCUUGCAAGUCGGUUCUCAUGGAACUGUUUGGGGAGAACUCGGACAUUGAGGGAGUCGAUACUUACAACGCAUGCUACGGUGGAACCAAUGCCUUAUUGAAUGCAAUCAACUGGGUCGAAUCGUCCACGUGGGACGGCCGCGACGCAAUUGUCGUGGCGGGAGAUAUUGCUCUGUACGACAAGCCCGCCGCCCGCCCGACUGGCGGCGCUGGCUGUGUGGCCAUGCUCAUUGGUGUCGAUGCGCCCCUGGCGCUGGAGCCCUUCCGUGGAACGUACAUGAAGCACGUCUACGACUUCUACAAAGGGGACUUUAAAUCGGAGUACCCCAUUGUCGAUGGGCAUUACUCCAACACAUGCUAUAUUGAGGCAUUGGACAACUGCUACGAGCGGUAUCGUGCUAAAUCUCUGGCUAAAAGUGGUGGGUUGACGAACGGAGCUUCAAUGGCUCAGGGUAGCUUCUUGGAUACCUUUGACUAUUUCGCCUUUCAUGCGCCUUACUGCAAGCUCGUCUCUAAGGCGUACGGUCGUCUGUUGUUCAACGAUGUCCGGAUGGAGCCCGACCACUUUGAUGAGAUUCCAGCACCUGUCCGCGAUGUUGAGCAGACUGCGUCUCUGACGAACAAAGGAGUCGAGAAGGCUUGCAUCGGGUUGACCAAGGAAAGGUUCCUUGAGCGUGUCCAACCAUCCAUUACAGCACCCACAAAUUGUGGGAAUAUGUACACCGCUAGUCUUUACUCUGGGCUGGUAAGCUUGCUGAGCAAUGUUGUUAGUGAAGAACUGCAGAACAAGCGCAUCGGCAUGUUCAGCUACGGCGGUGGUCUGGCUAGCACUCUAUUUAGUUUCCGUGUCAAGGGUGACACUUCUGGGAUCGCGCAGCAUGUUCGGUUGAAUGAGCGCCUGGAAGCUCGGACGGCGGUCUCGCCGGAAUUUUAUAACGAGAUGUGCAAACUCCGGGAGAAAGCCUACCAACAGAAGAGCUAUACCCCUGUGGGAAGUGUUGAUAGCCUGGCUCCAGGUACUUACUACCUUGUCCAGGUCGACGAGAUGUUUCGACGAAGUUACGAGAAGAAGCUGGUUGCCUGA